GCUGGGAACAAAAAAGAGGCAUUUCACGCUCUCGGCUGAGUCACCCAAGUGUAUAAAAUCAAGGCCAGGCAACCGGAGCCACGCAGAGACACGAAGCAUCAGCAUUUCUGGACAGAUCUUGCAAGACACUUAGAAGAAGGAUGUUUUCAGGCUUGCUCAUCCUUUCUCUGCUGGUGGGGAACACAGCAUCGGGCCCGGUGAGCAGAGCAGAAUCUGCGGCAUCCAGGGACGUCACCACCUUUUUCCAGCUAGCUCGGGAAGACCCUUGGGAGAAUGUUAAUCUCACCAGCAUGUCCUGUGAAGAUAGGAAGAACAGGACCUGGAUAACCCUGCAGCUGACCAACAGCAGCCUGACAGCCUUCCCCGUCUGCCUUACGGAGACCCUGGAGACCUUGGAUCUCAGCAACAACCUCUUGGAAGAGGUGAAUGGCAUGGAGAUAGCCAACCUCCCACGGCUGCGUGUGCUCUCGCUGAGGCACAACCAUCUCCAGGCAGUUAGCUGGGGAGCUGAAGCCCUCAGCAGUCUCCUCUCCCUGGACUUAAGCUUUAAUAAGCUGUCAUCUGUGCCGUCAUGCCACAGCUCUGCCCUGCCUAACUUGAGGUGGUUGUCCCUGGCUGGAAAUCCAUUGAUUGAAAUCCAGCCGCUGGCUUUUUCCUGUUACCCUCAGCUACAGUUCCUGAACCUCUCUGCAACGCUGCUUGGGUGGGAUGACAGCAGAGGGAUUAGGGAGUCUGCUUUUGCCAUCAGCACAUCUCCCAGCGAGGCCACAAACAGGCCUGGAAGCACCAUCAACAUGCUUGAUAUGAGCGGGACCUUUCUUGAGAAAAUUCAACCAGAGUGGACCAGAGACUUGCCCAACCUCAGAUCACUUCACCUGACAAAGAUGUCACGAUUAAAAAGCCUCGAUACUGACUUCAAUUUCUUGCCCAGCCUCCAAGAGCUAAACUGUCAAGAUUCCCAUUCACUGAGUUUUGUGAGGACAGAGAUGUUUGACAGCACUCCUCAUCUGAGCCAUCUCUCAUUUGAGAACUGUAACCUGAGUUCCUUUAAUCCCUGGAAUACCAAUUCAUCAGAUAGCAUCAUCAUCAACUUGUACGGAAAUCCUCUGGUAUGCGACUGCCAGCUCUCCUGGCUGCUCUUCAAGCCCACAAAAGUUGUUCUGCAAAAGGCUUGGGAGACGUUUUGCAACACACCUCAGGAAGAUUGGGGCAGACCUUCAACAUCUUUUUCACUGCUAGAGCUCUACGAUAAAUGCCAGUCUGAGAGAAACGUUACACUACCCAAUUCAGUCACACCUUCUGAACACGAUGCUUUCAGCCUUACCAGUUAUGAUGCCACCGCUGUAGUAACAACAACAGACUCUUCUCUGCUAACCAAAGACACUUACACCAGCCCCCUGAAUCAGUGGAAUGUAAUGAGCAUGACAACAGCCAACCCAAUGGAGCUGAUGCUCACAAAGGCCAACAGUUCCUCCCACGAGGAGGGAGCAGUUUCCGAAUCAACAAGCAGUUCCCCUUCCUUCAUGUCCGUAACUGCCUCCUCGGGUUUUCCCAGUGAGCUCUAUAGUCAGUCCUCAGAUCUUGCCUCUGCUAGUCAAACAGAUCAGCUAAAGAGAGAGCUCACACCAACCAAUGCGACCUUUCCCCAGGAAGGCCCAUUCAAGCAGACCACCAGUGGUUAUUCUACUGGAGCAACAGGAAAACCCAACGCCACUGACCAUUAUCUUCACUCCUUUGCCACUCACACCAGGGAAGGCAGACCACAAACGAGCCUAGCGCAGCUCAACUCUACAAGGACCAAUGCCAGGCCAGAGCCUGCAGCCACCAAAUCGCUGAUCCACUAUGUAGAUGACUACGAUUACAGUGAGCAGUCGAUGGAAAACCCAGUGCACGUGGCAUACCCCUCCUGUGAUUACAAUCCUUGCCGGCACCUUCAGAAGCCGUGCAGUGAACUUCAGAGGGCAUCCCAAUGUUUAUGUCCUGGCAUGUCGAGGGAAGAUGAGGUCCCAGAUCCACCGAGGCUUAGAGAGGUGUCUGAAGUUACAGACAGCUCUGCACAGAUAAACUGGUGUGCCCCAUAUUCAGUUGUUCACACUUACGAGCUGAUUCUUCAUGCUGAAGGCAAUGAGGACAGAGAGUUUGUCCUGGACAACAUUUAUUCCACAGCAAGGGAGCACACUUUGUAUAAUCUAGUACCAUACACCACUUACAACAUUUGCGUGACUGCUUUGAACAAAGCAGGGUCAAGCCAAGCAGUUAGGGGAACUCUAGGUAAUUCAUGCACUAGAUUUAAAACAAAACCCAGCUACAAGUCUAUCUUUGCUGCUCUGUCUGCAGCAAGCGGACUCUUUCUCAUUUCCACAAUUAUUUUGUCUGUGUGUCUGUGUAAGGCAUGUAAAAAGCCUCAGAGUGAGCAAUACGGUACACACUUAGUCUCUUACAAGAACCCAGCAUUUGACUAUCCGUUGAAACUACAAACCACUAAUUAGCUCAAGGUAAUUGUUCUUACACAUUCAAAGCUCACUGUCUCUAUCACCUUGGUAUGUUUUCAUGAGGCUCUAAAAAUGUCCUUCAGCAAAACUAUGAAACAUCAGACUUCAUAGUCCUUAACGUUUCUAAGGGAGAGAAAAACAUUAAAGAGAAACUAAUAAGGUAGUCAAAGAGAAAAAAAGCUUUUGGGCUCUUGUUCAUGUGCUAAGCAGCAGCAAACCUGGACACUAACCUUGAAAAGUUGUUUUUAUAAUCACUUAUAAUAUAGGAGCAUACAUUUCACAGUGAGAGGCUGCCUUGCCAGCUGUCUGCCUCCAGUAUCUCUCAGAGGUACAGUCUGCUGAGAGCCAUGAUCCAAGAUGCAUCUAGCUAUGCAAGAUAGACUUGGCUUUUAUUCACAUAAGUGAAGUUGGGUUUUAGAUUUUAUCUAAUGUCCAUAUAAAGGUAUUAUCCAAAAAGAGAGAAUUACUGGAAGGAGCGAGAGAAAGGUCUCCCUGGGCUCAGUGGCAAGGUGCUGUGCAGAUCUAACUCUGUCAAGUAACUCUGGUGACUGCAACAGCUCAGGCCAACUUCAGGAAGAAGAAACAUGAACUGUAGAAAUGGACAGGCCAGGAUGCUUAGGGCAGGAAUAAUUGUUUUGUUCUGACUUUGUACGAUGUUUUCUACAACUGAGGUUCCCGAGUGCUACCACAAUACUGAUCUACAGGUGGAGUGAGGAGGUUGCAGUACAGCAGUAACCCACAGAAGGGGGGAGCACAUUACCAUUUGCUUCACAAUCGAUUUUAAGCAGAGAUGAUUGCUCAGUCCUAUCUACAGAUUUAGCAAGCUGAUAAUUUGCCUCUUACAGAGGCAAAGAGCCAAGUAAUGAAACAGUUUAAUGGGUAUAUUGCUGAGACUUGAAAAACUGAAAUCCCAUCCACUAGCAGCAGACAGUUAUGCAGACAUUUUUCAAAUGUACUUUUGGGUGCUAAUUUCGGCUACAAAAAUAAUGAGAAAUGCUGAGAAUCUCAGUUCUACAGCACCUUUUAGCUUGCCGUUAAAAUUUGAAGAGCUGUUUGUGUAAGGGGAGGAGUUUGUCCUUAUCAGAUACUUCCCGUUCAGAGACCCAUAGGUUUAUGUUCCAUAGCUGUGCAAUUGUGCUGCUGUAUAGAUACAUCAAAUCUCCCCAGAUGUCAGAGUGGAAGGUGUUAAUACAGUGUAAAAGAGUCUCUCUUCAUUCGAGUUUUUUUUAAAUGCUUCCAGUACUAAUGGAAGUAAAAGCUAAAGAGUUGUGUUCUAGUACUUUGUUAAAGACCCAAAUCUUUGCGGAAAUAAAAGCUACAGAGUUGUGUUCUGGUUCUUUGUUAAAGACCCAAAUCUUUGUGUUGUCUUUACCAUGUACAAUGUUUAGCCUGAGACUGAAACAUGUUGUUGUUUUGGAACAAACUUUCAGCAUAUAGUAAAAUCAUGUUUC